AUGGAAGCUCUUAAAAGGAGUGGAGCAGAAAGAUUUUGGAGCGCAUUUAUGGCGGAGAAUCCAAACUCUAGAUCGGUAAUAACCUCCGUGAGCAGCCCUUACCAGGAAUUCGGGAAUUCAAGCUCAGGAACCCCGUGGUACGAGCAAGAGUCCAUGCUGAGCCUGUCUGAAUACCUCAUCUUUGUGGAAGUGAUUUUGGGCCUGCUGGUAUGGUCACUGAUUGCAAGCACAGAACAUGUCAGUUUUUCCCCAUUUGGAUGGGUGAUGUUUGUGACUGUCUUCUAUUGGCUUCUCACCCUCUUCCUCCUCAUCAUCAAACUGGCCAGUGGACAAAUCCGACAAGUUCCCUGGACUACAGUGGUUCUCAUUUUUAACUCCACUGCGGCUUUACUGUACAUGUCGGCUGCUAUUACUGAGGCAACGUUGGUGAAUAAGGGGGUCAGAGGUCAUCAUGAUUUCAACUGUUGGGCGGCAUCAACGUUUUUUGCAUUUCUAGUGUCUCUGAGUUACGUUGGUAGUGCAUUCUUCAGUUACAAAUCCUGGCACAGAGGAGAUGAAUAAAAUGUGCUGGAUUGUAGUUUUUAAUCGAAUGUUUAAAAUAUGACUCAUCCAAUUAUUGUUCAGGUAUGUACUAAACUUGAAAAAAUAUUUAAUACUGAUGAUUGUCUUUUAUGUUAAAAAUAAAUAAAUGUAGCCUACGUUUUGCUCUGUAUGUAUUUGCAACCAUUCCACACAGAUCUGUCUAAUGCACAAAAGAUAUUUUGAUAUAUUUUAUAUGGACAUGCAAAACGUACAUUAUUUUAGCUUUAUUGAAUGGAGUUUUAUCAUAAGGCUCAUUGACAGGCUGUGAAUGAAUAGACAUACAAUGUUUCACGUGUGCUUUGAAUGUGCCUUUUAACAUUGGUUCAUGUUUGAUAAUAUAAAAUGAUGUUUAAAAUCCUCAUGAUGUUUGGACUUACCUGACUGACUUAUGAAAGCCUUGUUGUAUUUUAGAAUAGGCUAAGUGCAACUGUCAAAUUAAAGCUGUCAUUAUUGUGUCCUUUGAAAGCAGAUCUGAUUUACUUCUUAUGUUUAUAAAUGCCAAACUCAUGUAUGGUUGUGUUUCACAUUUGGUAUAUUAAUAUAGACUGUAAAUUGCACAAUUACACAAACUAGAAGGGGAAGUUCACAAAAGUGCACCCCAUCUCCCACGCAAAAGAAAAGAUGUUUUCGUCAUUACGGGAAAGUGAUGAGAUAUAUGCGGAAUUUAUCAUCUGUUAUGUCACAAUGUGUUCCAACGAAUUAUGAUUCAUGCUCUCAGGUAUUAAGAUACACUAUGACUAUAAUGUUGUGCAAUUGAGCAACGAAAGUAAAUCGUGUCAGAUGCAGUUUCCUGACCACAUCAUACUAGACGCGCGCGCAUUGUUGAGCGCUCGUUUGACGUCGCGGCGUCUGCAGUAGCUAUAUUGUUAUACAUCAUCCACUGAACGAUGAUGGGGAUUUUAUUUCUGGAAUACUUACGAUCAAAACAAGGAAUUCUGAAGCUCGCUCAGAUCGCGAUUCUCCUUGUAGCGUUCGCUUGUGUUCGUUCCACGUGGUACAACAGUUUCUACGCUUACGGUUUCUUUGAAGGGGUCACGCUCGGUUACUCCAUCACGGUCGCCGUUUUUCUAUUCCUGAUGGUAUUUGGGGUUCCGAAAAGGACAUCAUUUGUAAACUGGACGAUAGCCGUGUGUGGUCUUCUGGCCUCGUAUCUCUCAGUUGUAAGUGUGAUACUUUCAUUCGUUGCCGCUCGCCGCUCACAACCUGAGGGUCCACCAGUACAAAACAUGGUCUCAUAGUCUAACUGCCCUCAACAAAGCAGGAGAGCAUGGAUGGGGAAUUGAUAAAAGGAUGUGGUUGUUUUAGUAAAUUUACAUGGAAUAGAAUAUCACUUAUUGCACAUAUUGCUUAUUGCAGGCAGAUGGUUUUAAUACUAUAAUUAUUAUAUAAUAUUUAAUAUCGUAAUACCCUGCCAAUAAUUUACUGGUGCAUACAUUUUAACAAAUGGCCUUUAUUUUCAAUUUACUGUUAUAAUAGUCUCAACACUGUUUUGUUAAUAAUUUGAUUACAAAAUGUAUUAUUACUAAAAAUAUUGUCCUUGUGCACUCUUGUAAUGUUAGUUGGUUUGGUUGCCAAACUUGUUCACCUAAUGCUUUAUGAAAGAAAAAUGAAUGUUGAUAAAUAAAAAAAAAAUACAGUUUGUAAAAUGUU